CAAUUGUACCAUUUUCCCAUUUUAAUAGAUUCGUCGUGUCGAUUCAUCCGUCGGAAGCCCUACCAGAACCCUCCGAGCGUAAACGCAUACUUUCGAUAAAGAAGACACCGGCCACCUAUGGCGAGCGUCUCCACCAGACGUACCCUAACCUCUAUAUUCUCUCGUCUCAGAUCAUCACCAUCAUCUUCAAUCACUUAUCGCUCUCGAUUUGCUCUCCCACUCCUGGACCACCAUUACCAAUCUCCACAACUCGCUCCUAGAAUCCCUGUUCGACUCAAAACAUCCGGGUCGGGUUAUUCUCCCUUGAACGAUCCAUCACCAAAUUGGAGCAACCGUCCCCCAAAGGAGACUAUUUUGCUUGAUGGCUGCGAUUAUGAACAUUGGCUUAUCGUCAUGGAGUUCCCCACCGACCCUAAACCCUCCGAAGAUGAAAUGAUAAAUUCCUAUGUCAAAACCCUAGCUUCUGUUCUCGGAAGUGAGGAGGAGGCAAAGAAGAAGAUUUACUCUGUUUCAACAACAACUUAUACUGGAUUCGGUGCUUUGAUAUCUGAGGAGUUAUCCUACAAAGUCAAAGGUCUACCUGGUGUUCUUUGGGUUUUGCCUGACUCAUAUCUUGAUGUUCCCAAUAAAGAUUAUGGAGGGGAUCAAUUUAUUGAUGGGCAAGUGAUACCGCGUCCUCAGUACAGAUUUGCAGACAGACAACAAAACACAAGGCCGCGUCCACGGCCACGAUACGAUAAACGCCGUGAGACGAUGCAAACUAUACGUAGAGAGCCGGUUCAAAGAGAGGGGUGGGCCCACGAUCGGAGAGAUACUAUUGCUCAGCCUCCGGCCGCCUACCCUGCCGCCCAAAAUGGUGGUGGAGGGUUUACGGAAAACUAGGGUUUGCUUUUGGAAUCUUAAAACAAAUUUGGAUAAGUUAAAGUUUAGUAAGUGGAUUUUUCUAGUGAUGUUAGCUUGUUUUGCAUAUGAUGUUUUUGAGAGCACUUUGUUUAUCUAUAUUUUUGUGUGAUUUCAUUGCUAAUUUUGGAUA